AAUCUCAUCUUCCACCACAUAUGAUUCCAUCUUUCUUUAUUAUUCUUGAUAAGUUACCAUUGAAUCCAAAUGGAAAAGUAGACAGAAAACAACUUCCUUCACCUGAAUUUUCUUUAUCGACUUCGUUAUUGUCCGAUAAAUCUGAUACUCCUCUUAAUCAGUUCGAAAAACGUAUACACACUAUUUGGUGUCAAGUUCUUCAUUCUAAUGAAAAUUGCAUUGCUAGAACUACCAGUUUUUUCAGUGUUGGUGGUCAUUCACUGUUAUUUAUUGAACUUUAUCAUCAUUAUCAAUCAGUAUUUAACUUUGAUGCUCAUACACUUUCGAUUGCUCCAUUUCUUCAGCAACCAACUAUUUUUCAACAUUCACAACUACUUCAAACAGUUAUAAUAAAUAAUGUCAACGCAACACAAUGGUACACGUUACAUAUAAAUGAAGGUAUUGCUUCUUUUGCUCAAGAGCGUAUGUUUCUCGAUGAACAAGUUCGUUUUUCAAGUGAUAUAGCUAUCUAUAAUGAACUAUCGACUUUACAAAUUGUUCAAGGAUCAUUAUCAUUAACUCGUUUAUCACAAGCAUUUCGAUAUGUUUUGAAUAAACAUAAAGUAUUACGGACAUCUCUUAUGUUAAAUAAUGAUAAUGGUAUUUUGAAACAAUGCAUUACAGAUAUACACAAAACAUUCACAAUCACUAUGGAUCAAACAUUUGAAAAUGAUAAUGAACUUCAAGACAUUAUCUAUCAAACAACUAUUAAUCCUAAUCUCUUUGAUUUAUCAACUGGUCGUGUUUUUCAUGCUGAAAUUCUGAGACAUCAAAUAUCGUUAAAUGAAAAUAAUAAUAAUGAAUUCAUAACUAAUUCUGAUGUUCUCCUCAUUGCUUUUCAUCAUGCGGCAUUUGAUCGAGCAAGUUUUUCAAUCUUUUCUAAUGAUUUAUGUUUCGCUUAUAGUACUAAUGCAAUAUCAAUAGAAGAUGAUGAUGAAUCAUUGCAAUAUAUUGAUUAUAGUAUACAUGAGCGUCUAAUUGAUAUGACAAAAUCUCGUGAGUUUUGGUAUUUACAAUUAGAAGAAUACAAUUUCGAAUCUCACCUAUUAUUACCAGUUGAUCGACAUCGUUUGUCCAAUGAUCAUCGAUCGAGUUCUGCUUCUGUCACUCAAAUCUCUUUUGACAACGAGAUUUCGCAAUCAUUUCUUGAUUAUGCUUCUAUACGUCAUGUGACACCAUUUCAGUUAGGUCUGUCUAUAUUAUAUGCUUUUCUUUUCAAGUUAAUUCAUGGCGAAAAUGAUUUGUGUAUUUCUUGUCUUAAUGCUAAUCGAUACAGAACUGAACUGCAGAAUAUAAUGGGAAUGUUUGUUUCAACAUUACCAUAUCGUCUUCAACUUGAUCGUCAUUGUUUAUUUGAUGAUCUUGUUAAAUAUGUGCAAGAAAAAUGUUUAUCAAUUCUUGAACAUUCCCAUUAUCCACUUCAAUAUAUUCUUGCUAAUUUACAUAUUAACCAAUCAAAUAUUUCAUUUCUCGAAACAGUGUAUGACUUUAUAACUUUAUCGCCACAGAGCGAUGAAUUAUCUUUGGAUGAAGCAAGUUUCAAACAAGUGUCACUGGAACGAUCAUUUGAAGUGGCUAAGUUUGAUUUUAUGUUAAUGUUUGUCUAUAAUCCAAUAUUGGAAAAUAAUAGAUUAUCAUUUCGUUUGACUUGUUCACAUGAUCUGUUUGAUGAGAUUACAGUUACAAAUAUAGGUCGAAGAUUAGAAUAUUUUUUUCAACAACUUUUUUCAUCGAAUGAAACUAUCAACCAGAUUGAUAGAGGUUUUACAUUUAUGUCGAAACUCGAUCUUAUUCUACCAGAAGAAACUCAAGAAAUGGAAGAUGUUAUCGUUUGUCGACAAUCACAUAUAAUGAACGAAGGUAUAUAUAUCUAG